AAUAAUUUAAACUUAUGACAUAUAUUUAUAUUAUUAUUAUUAUUAUUGCAGUAAAUAAAUAAAAAAAUUCAAAAAAAAAAUAAUAAAAUAAAAAUGAGACCAACAGUCGACCAUUUUGCCAGUGAGUAAAAAUGGCCGUCCAAGAAACACGGGUUCUAAUAUUGUUAUAAUAAAUAAUUAUUUUUUAACAUCAUUUAUUUGUCUGAAUAAUUAUUUAAAUACCAGCAACAAUAAAUAAACAUAAACAAGUGGGUUACUUAAUAAUUAAAGUUAAUUACCAAUUAAAUUAACGUGUUUAUAAAAAUAAUAAUGAAAACAAUUAUAACUUUAUAUUAUUAUACUUUUUAAAAAGUAUUAUUUUUUUUAAACAAAAACAUUACCUGUGUCACAUACAUCUAACCUGUACUAAAAAAAAAUUUUUUACGCUCAUAAAUUAUUUAUUUGAAAUAUUAAACGAUAAUGUCACUGAGUUUGUGAUUGUGAAUGAAGUUUAAAUAUUUUAUUUAAAACAAUAAUAAUAUAAUUGACGUAAUUGGUCUGGUAAUUAUCUAAAUCGACAGUAUUUACGUACUGGUCUACAAUAAUAAUAUAAAUAAUAUAUUUAUGUAUAUAUGAGGAUGUAUGUGAAUAUUAAACGUCAACAGAUUUAUUAAAAAAAUUGUUUUUCUGUUCUAAAUCAAAAUAAAAUAUAUAUUUGUUAAUUAUAACAAUAAUUAUGCAAGCAAUGCUGAUGAAAUAAAUAAAAUGGGUGCAUGUGGAAAUUAUUAAUAAAUAAAGCAAAAUUAAUAAUCAAUCGUAGCAUGAGUAAUCAGAAAAUAAUAAUAAAAAUUACCAAAAGUUAUUAAUAAAAAAUGUUUUUAAAUGGUGUAAAUAGAGAAAGUAAUCGUGUACGAGAUUUGAUGGCCAGCUGAACAAGAUAUAGUUUAAUACAGUACACAGUAAUUACAUUAAUCAUCAGACGAUGCUGAUGGAUUGACAUAAAAACAGUAUUAAGUUUUUAGUAACGAUGGACGACCGUAGAGUCGCUGAUUAUUUUGUCGUCGCUGGUUUGCCCGGUCAGAAUGACGACUUUGACAAUGACAAUGAGUCUGACAAGCUGGAAGACUGGUGUCAGGAAGGUACACACCUCAAAGAUUGUAACUUGCAAGCUCCAAUUACAGAUCUGGCUGUGAUAUUCCCAGCUCUGGGUGAAACUUGUCCCGAAGGGUACACGUUAUUGGAGCACACGGUCUCCGGAUUUCCUGGUGAUUUAAAUCACGGGAGUUUACGUACUAAUGAAUGUUAUUUGUGCUACCGAAGAGGUAGAGACAAACCACCGCUCGUAGAUAUCGGUAUUAUCUACGAUGGCAAAGAACGGAUUAUGGAAGAUGCUAAAAUGAUAACAGAAACACCACAUGGACAUGUUGCUAACGUUAAUAAUUCAACAUCGAAAAUAUUUGUGACAUAUAGACGUGCUAGUAAAAAAAUGCCUUGCAAUUCACUUGUUGUUACGGACGUAUGCGUGAUAUUAACAAAUAAAGGAGAAACGGCACCGCAGGCAUUCUGUACAAUAAACAAAAAUUUAAAUAAAGGUAUGUUAGGAAGUGAUGUUUUUUUGUGUUACAAAAAAUCAAUGAACAGAGCUAAUUUGAUAUCAUUUAAACCCUCGAUACUGUACAAAUAUCCCAUGACGGAUUACAAUAGCUUUGGAUUUCCGAAUUCAGUCGCUAUGUUUUGUUUGCCAAUGGGCGCUACCAUUGAGUGUUGGCCGAAAGUUGCCUGUAAACCCAAACCGGUAUUUUCUACAUUCGUACUGACUGUCGCUGAUGCUGCUCAAAAGAUAUACGGCUCGGCGAUAACCUUCUACGAAGAAGUGAUACCUGAUUUUCUGAUUAAUACGAAACACAACAACGAACACAAUAAUGACUUAGAUUCUAAAAUAAAUAAUACAAAUGCGAGCAUUAUUGAGGCCGACGAAAGUAUAACAGACAAGCCGUUGGUUAAAAUAAAAGUCUUUAAAAAAUUUGGUGUCCUAAAGAAAUUAACUCUAGGGCAAUUAGAAAAACUGCAGUACACUGAUCCAGAGUUGCAGUCACUGAACAUCAGUAAAUCGAUAUGUAUACUGUCUCACUGGCCAUUUUUUGAUACCUUUGAAAAAUUUUUAGGUUUUUUACACAAUAUGGUUAAUGAUAAACCUCAGAGUAUACCGAUCGAAAAAUAUAUAUCAUAUUUUUUGUGUGAUAUACCUUUUCCAAGUCCUCAGAGACCGAGGAUACUUGUCCAGUUGAGCAGCACAGAUCGUCUGAUACUGACCCAACCCGAAGACUUGGCAUUGCCACGUUCUGGCGCGAGUUUCCGACAGCUGCUCGUUAAUCUGGGUCCUGAAAAUUGUAUGCUGAUACUGUUACUGAUACUGACGGAGCAAAAAAUACUAGUGCACUCAUUGAGACCUGAUGUACUGACAUCAGUAAGUGAAGCCAUCGCUAUGAUACUGUUUCCAUUUAAAUGGCAGUGUCCGUACAUACCACUGUGCCCGCUGGGAUUGGCGGAGGUCCUGCAUGCCCCGUUGCCAUUUCUCAUUGGCGUUGACUCGCGUUUUUUUGACCUGUACGAUCCACCCUCUGACGUAAACUGCGUCAACUUGGACACCAAUAAUAUUGUGCUCUGUGAAGACAAACGUCAUUUGAACAUCAAGUUGCUGCCGAAGAAACCAGCGAGGCUCCUGAAGAAUGACUUGGAGCGGAUCUCGUUGAAGUUAAGCAGCCAGGGUAAGUUUCACUCGCAACGUGAGAAACCAGAUGAAGACUUCAGUGUCGACAAAGAAUUUCAACAAAAGCGUAAGGAACAAGGACUGGAAUUAGAAAUUCAAGACUCAUUUUUACAUUUCAUGGCUCUAAUUCUCAAAGGAUAUCGCAGUUAUUUAUUACCAAUAACUAAAGCGCCAACUGUUGGCUCAACUGAUCCUACUAGUCUGUUUAAUAUCCAAGCGUUCUUGCGUAGUCGUGACAAAGCUCACGCAAAAUUUUACAGUAUGCUCGUGAGAACGCAAAUGUUUAUACGGUUUAUUGAAGAACGCAGCUUUGUUUCUGAUAUGGAUAUGGCGGGAUUAGCAUUCUUCGACGAGUGUACUGAGCGAGUUGAAGAGGAAAACGUCACGUUUUUGGAAUUAGACGAGUCUCAGCACAGCGAGCGAACAGUAUUUAUACCACCCCCAGAUCCAGGGCCUAAUCAGCAGCCAGUUGUUUAUAAAACUUUUAAAUUAAAUCCGGAUUUAAUGAGGCCGCAGAAAAAUUUUAGCAAUAAAAAUCCGGCAUUGAGUGCUUUCGGUGUUACACCUGGUAGUCCAAUGGCUCGUCGGACUAAACACGAGAUUAAAGUCGCUCAGAGAAUGGCUCGUAAACAAGCGGCACUUCCUGAGCGAUGGGGCAGAUGUUUAUUGGGUACGUGCAAUAGUCUUUGGUUCUUACAUUUACCAGCGAUGCUGCAAGUAUCCAGUCAACCGGCUGCUAUCCUCCAUCAAGCUUACGAGCUGCUCGUUAAAAUGCAAAAGUUACGGCUGGACCCCAUGGAGGAAGUGUGUUAUAGAGCAAUGAUGCAACUCUGCGGUGUCUAUGGUCAACCAGUACUGGCAGUUAAAUUGUUAUUUCACAUGAAACGCAGCGGCGUGCAACCUAAUGCACUCACAUACGGGUUUUAUAAUAAGGCUGUCCUUGAAGCCACCUGGCCGUCAGAUAUGACCAACUCGAGCCAACUAAUGUGGAAUAAACUGCGAAAUGUUAUCGUGGGCGCAGCUUUAUUUAAACGGGCUGGUAAAAAAAGUGCAAGACGACGGCUGGGCUCUAAUCCGGAAGUUAUUGGUAUUGAAGGAUUAAAAAUACAGGGAAUGGAUCAUUUGGCUACGUCGAGAUCUAGUCUUGAUAGUUCUCAUUCUCAUGAUCCUGAAACUGUUAAUAAUGACAUGGCAUCAAAAGGUAGCUCAGUUCCCGAUUUACCGGGUCUAGGUUUUAUGGACAUGAAGAUCAAGUCGAAAUUCCUACGGCAAGAUAGUAUUGUCAAAGACGUUGGAAUGAUUUGUGCAACACAGCCUGAAGUGCUCGAUGAUUCACCAACUGACUCGAGGUCAACAGACACGCCGGAAUCACCUCUAAAAAGCCCAGUAAGAACUCCGGUGACGGAAAAUGAUCCACUGGGAGCUUUGGUAAAUGACGAGACUCCGAUAGUAUCUCCGUCUGAGGAAAACGACUCCAAUUGCUCAACAAGUACAUUGACUGUCGUCAAUAACACACUUGGGGAGAGACCCGGCGGGCCCGUUCUAUUUAGGAGUAGUAACGCAAAUACUAUACCUCGGAGCGCGACAUUUCAUCAAGCAGUCGACGAGACGGGUCCAGCAGUCAGCAGUCAAUUGCAGCGAAGCGAGACUAUGCCUCACUCGGUUGCUCAGCAGGGUGAGCAAGAACGAGAACGUGAUCGAUUGGAGAUCAGUAGCCUUUGGUCAAAUAAAGACAGCGUCACGUCUAGUUUGUCAAGUUUAGGGUCAAGUCUUAAGCUAAGCUUCGGACGAUACUCAACCGGAGGCCUGACAUUUGGUAAAAAUAAAGAUUUAAUUACAUCAAAUGUAUUCAUUGAAUCACUCAGUCUCUCUAAUUACAUCAGUCCAUCAAGUUUGACGGGUAAAAAAUCAAAUGAAAUAAUUCUCGGUGGGUUGAAUAGUCUCAAGUCAGCAGCAACAUCUGUCGCUAAAAAAUUUGACGAAAUAAAAGAAGCUAUUUCGGCCACUAGCACACCAGUAAAACUGAAAGAACGUGAUCAGCGGCUUGGUUACGGGUUGUCGCACGAGUCAUUAGACUCAUUGACAGAUGGAUCUCAGCAAGACCGUAAUGAAAUGUCAGCGAGAAUGUCAGGGGAUUCUGGUAUGGAAGUUCUGGGUUCACUUUGUGAGCUCGCUGACUGCAUGUACCCUAAAGGCUCGAGGGAGUUUGAGGACCGUUUAGCCGUCGAACUUGUUAUCUCCAGUGCUAGUCGCUGUCAUCACUGCCUGGCUAUACUUUAUGACGAAGAAAUAAUGGCCGGUUGGCAGCCAGAAGAUUCUAAUUUAAAUACUGUCUGUCAGUUUUGCGAUAAAGCCACCGUACCGCUUCUUACAGUGACUAUUCUUGAUUACCGAUGCAAUGAGGGCGAGAAAAUAAAUGAUCCGUUAACGGGUGCGCUGAUUGAGUUGAUGGAGCAACCGCGCGAAUUACCCGAGCCUAUUACUGUGCCCUAUUUAAAUCCACUGGUACUACGUAAAGAAUUGGAAAAUGUACUGAGUCAAGAAGGCGACACAUGUCUUACUAAGCACAGAUUUAUUCAAGAGCACCCUAUUGUCUACUGGAAUUUAAUAUGGUACUUUGAGAGAAUAAAUCUCAAUAGCCAUCUACCAGAGUUGUGGCUCAAUAAUGACAACAUUAAAGAUUUACCAACAAACUCGAGCUUAGUCGGGGUAAGAACCAUGUGGGACAACGAAAAACUUCAUAUGAAUCGUCUGCCUAUGUAUUUACAGUGGAAACAAAAUUUACAAGAAGAACGAUCGCUGAUGCAGAACGUAAUAACAAACGUCCGUCAUAAUAACUUGACAGAACCAAUUAAAAGAGUGGCCUUAGAGAGAAGUAAAGCUGAAGUUAAAGAACAACCACCGUUUUCUAUUUAUAGAGAUAUUUUGUUUUUGGCUUUUACUGCACUAGGAAGAACAAAUAUUGAUCAAGGAGUUUUUGAUCGUCAGUAUUCAGCUGCCUUGGAAAAUUUGACAGAUAACGAAGAAAAAUUAUUACACAGCACUGAUGCGGCACCGUCACCAAUGACAUUGUACUGUAGACAUUAUUUUAAACAGUUGAGUGUAUAAUAAAAUUCCCGAACGUAAGAUAAUAACAUUAGAAAGAGAGAGAUUGAGCGAGAGCGUUAGAGAGCAAUGAAUGUAUUUUUAUUUUUUAAAAAAAAUAUGUCGACGUAAGUGACGAUAAAACGACGGAUAUUGUUAUAUAUUUAUGGCGUAAGUGUUUCAUUUUAUUAUUAUUUUUUUUUUCUUCUGUUUUUAAACAUCAAUACAGAAAUUAUUUUCUGGCGUGACAAAUAAUCACUCGUAGAUUAUAAAUAAUAAUAAUUAUUAGUUAUUAGUUUUAAUAAUAAUAUUAAAUAAUUAAGUAUUAGUUUACGUGCAAUAGGAACAAAAAUUUUAUCAAUUGUACGAAUAUAUAAGUAUAUAUUUAUAUAUAUAUUUUUUAUUCGAUUGAUGUUGGUUGGUAUUGUCUGUUUUUUUUUUUUCCCACUCUCUGUAUUUAAAUUUAUUUGUUUUUACAUUCACCGCUCGUUGUACGUAAUGUGUUGUCACGAAAAAAAAAGUUAAAUAAAAUAUGGGGAACAGGGUAAUAGAAUUGAUUUAAAAUUUAAAACAGUAGUGAUGGUGCCAUCAUCUUUAGCAUCAACAUAAACACUCAAUGUCAUUGAGUUUAACUCUAAACCCUGUGUAAUUUUUAUUUUUCCGCUUAAAUAUUUUAUUUACUUAACAAUAAAAUAACGCUAACAAUAUAACUUUAUAUUAAAAAUUGUAAUAUGUAUAAAAAAACAAAAAAAAAUAAGUGAUCAACGUGUAAAUAUCCGUUUUAUUAUUUUUUUAAAAUUAUAUUACAUAUUUUAUUUUAUCCAGCGUUAUUGUAUUUUAAUAUGAUCCUGAAGUUCCAAGAGAAUUAACAAUUUUUGGAUUUUUUUUUGACUAAUGAAUUACAAAAAAAAAAAAACUAAAAAUAUGCCCGUGUAGAAAAUUGAAAAAACUACACGUGAAAUUUUUUUUUUUAUAAUUUAUUGACUAAAUCUUGAAAAUUAGACGUUGGCUAACUUCAGUAUCAUGUAUUUUAAUAUGAUCCUGAAGUUCGAAGACAAUUAAAAAAUUUUUGAUUUUUUUUUCGACAAAUUAAUUGCACAAAAAAAAAAAAAACUAAAAAUAUGCACAUAUGUAGAAAAUUAAAAAAAACUACAAGUGCAAUUUUUUUUAAUAUUUUUUUUUUUCAUAUUUUAUCGAUUAAAUUCCGAAAAAUAUCAGACGUCGGCUAACUUCUGUAUGAAAUUUUAAUGAAACGGAAGUUCGAAUACAAUUAAAAAAUUUUAGAUUUUUUUUUUGACCAAAUGAAUUACGAAAAAAGAAAAAAAACUAAAAGUAUGCACGUGUAGAAAAUUAAAAAAACUACAAGUGCAAUUUUUUAAAAUGUUUUUUUUUUUCAUAAUUCAUCGACUAAAUUCAAAAAGUUAUCAGACGUCCGCUAACUUCAGUAUGAAAUUUGUGAUACUGAAGUUAGCAGACGUCUAAUAAUUUGUGGAUUUCAUUUUAGACAGUAAAUUAUAAAACAAAAAUUUGAAAAAAUUGUACUUGUAGUUUUUAAAAUUCUCUACAUGUGCAUUUUUUUAGUUUUUUUUUUUUUCUAAUCCGGUAAAAAAACAAUCCAAAAAUUUCCGAUUGUCUGUUAACUUCUGGAUCAUCAAUUUUACGAUUCUGAAGUUAGCCGUCGUCUGAUAAGUUUUUGAAUUUAUUCAAUAAAAUAUGAAUAAAAAAAUUGCACUUGUAGUUUUUAAAAUUUCCUACAUGCGCUCAUUUUUAUUUAUUUAUUUUUUUUCGUAGGUCUGUUAAAAAAAAUCCAAAAAUUGUUAAUUGUCUGCUGACUUCAGGAUCAUGAUAUUUAAACGAUGUAUGAUUUAGUGAUUAAACAUAAUUAAAAAUUGUAUUAUAAAACAACUAUUUUAUUAUACUUAUCACGUGAUAUAUUAUGCAUUAAGUAAUUUCUUAUAUGAAUUUUUACGUGAGCAAUGGAAUUUAAACCAACACACUGGAAAUUAAAAUUAUAAUAACUACGAUUACUAUUAUUAUUAUUAUUAUUAUUGUGACUACAAGAACAACGGCAACAAUAACAACUACUAUUAUUAUAUUAUAUUGUAUAGAUGUGUAAAAAAAAAUUAAAAGUUACCACAUUUAAAAUUUAAUCGCUAAAAUCAUCGGUCUCGCGGGACAUUACAAUCGUACAUGCACUCAUUAUUGUGUCAAGGCUAUACAGAGUAUGGGAUAAUAAAAAUGCAGUUGCGGUAUAUUUUAUAUAAAAACCUAAAAUUCGUUGCUUGUUUAAAUUUUAUUGUUUCUAUUAAUUACUAUUUCCAUGUGUGUUCCCUAAAAAAAAAAUCUGUCAAUUAAAUUUACUACUAUUUAUAAAAAUACGGCUUUAAAUUUUUAUUGCUCAUUAAUUGAUAUUUAAUUAACGUUGGCUUAAACUAAACGCCUUUUAUUUUCGUAUAAAUUACGAAACAGUUAAAAUUUAAUUGACAAACGUUUUUAAAACAUUCCUCGAGUUAAUCUUUCCAAGACACUAAUUAUUUAUUUUUUCUUUUUUAUUUUUAUUAUAAUGCCGAAAGACCUUUAAUCGUCGCCUCCACCUACCAAGUAUUAAGUAUUUAUUUAUACUUAUAUAUAUUUAUAACAUAUAUAUAUAGUACCUGGGUCAUUUAAAUGAGUAAUUGACGUCACAGAUAAUUAUCUUAACAUGAAAUGUGUCGGAAAAGAAAAAUGAAAAGCUUGAUGCUAUGCUUUCUCGGUCGUCGCUGCUAUUACAUAAUAACUAAGCCUAUAUAUAUAUAUAUAUACAUAUAUUUAUAUAUAUAUAUAUGCGCGCGUGGAUUAGCUCAAGCUGUCGUGCGUGAAAUCCGGGUCGAGGUGGGAUUUCGUCGAUAUGAAGAUCCGUAAACGUACUAAGUGUAGAAAUAGAAAUUUUGUCAGCUAAAUUUGUCUAAUUUUAUUUUUCAAAAAUUUUCGAAAAAAAAAAAUUUUUUUUGAAAAAAAAUAAAAAAUAAAAAUGAUUUAUUUAAAAAAAAUAAACCAUAUAAAUAAAUAAAUAAAACUAAAAAUCUGUCAAUUCAAAUUUUCCCGCGGCGCAUAAAAAUAAACUCCCGCGGCGCAUUCAAAUAAUUAUCUAUAAAAAAAUGAUGCGCGCGCAGGUUCGCUCGGCCAAUGAGAAGUGAAGUUAGUAGCUCAGGAAUGUCUCCAUCUUCGUCUUACUUUUAUCUUUAUACCGUCAGUGACGUCGACUGUAGUUCGUCGGUGUUGGUUGUGUCAGUAUCUAUUCUCAAUGAGGAGAGAGCGCACCAGGCAAGAGGUGAACUUUUACGUGACGGGAUAAAAAAAGGUGGCAAUUAAAAUCGUGGAUAUAAUUAUUUAAAAAAUACCUCAGGAAAAGUGGGCGAGGGCGUGCGUGACCGGGUUUAGAUCGUUACAGGGGUGGAAAAAGUAUAAAUAUUAUUAUUAAUCAUUUUUUUUUUUAAUAUUUAACUAGACUGAUGACGACACGUCAUUGCUGAUGGUACAAAAAAUUUAAAUACUUAUGGAUUUUUUAAAUUUUAAAAUCUGAUUAAUUUUAUUAAAAGACCGCUCCGUUUUAAAUUCUAGCUCUCAACUCAGGUCGUGUGCGUGUCCAUGUGUGCAAGUGUGUAGUUUGAUAUAUUUUUAUUUUAUAAUUUGACACGCCUGAAAACGGCGCAAGGAACGCCAACGGCGACGACAACGGCGGCCAACCAAAGUAAGACCGAUUUAACAUCAGCGCCUGGACAUCCUAUCGUGAAGGUAUCAGUCCAGUGUGAAUCCUGUCGUGGCAACUUUAGCCUAUCACGUCGCAUGCUUCGCGGAGUCAAGUCCAACAAGUCGGAAAUACCCGAUCAAAGGAGGCGCUGCUCGUGGAUAAUAUGCGGUAGAACCUGUAAUCCACGUCUGGCAGGUAAAUUUAGCAGCUGGUGGAAUUCCGACAUCUCGGAGCUCAAGGAAGUACAGAUAAAAUAGCCUCCUUGGCUUUGGAGACCGUAACAUAGAGCUGGCAUUUAUUGCCAAGUAAGACUACUGUGAUUAUCACAAUCAUCAGUAGAAACGGAAAGCACUUGGU